UGGUGCUCUCCCGUCGCGGAAUUACAUAAUAAUGUAUAUGCAUGAGUCACGAUUUGUCACACGGAGCGAACUGGGGGGAGAGACGGGGCGUGCAAAUGUCAAAGUCAUACGGCGCGAUAUGACGGGUAAAUUUAGCCGGCACGUUUCUUCUCUCGCCCUUGGACAGCUGGCUUCCGCAUCGUUCGCGUUGCUCGCACGAUCGUAAUUAGCACGGCGAUCUCUCUCGUCUUAAUAUGUUUAUAUCCCGUUAGGAUCAAUUGACUAUUGUUUCUCCCGACGUUGAUCGCGCGCGAUGCGCUGCCGUCAGGAUAUCGCAAGUCCCUCGGAGAAUACGUUCGACUUUCGAUCGACUUUGUCUUUUGUUCCCUCAGGUUAUCGCGCUAAUAUCGCGUUAAUAGUGGUAUUUGUAUUCAUGGUCGUAGAGUCUUUUAAGAUUAAACAACUUGACUGCCAAGAGACACACGUCUCGAUGUGCUCCUCCCUUCAGAUUGGCCUACAUAUACAGUACAAGACUCGUAAGAGUAACAAUAACAGUAGCUUAAGUUGUUGAUAAUCUGUGCGUUUUUACAUCAGUUCUAUUCCAACAUCCGAUUACAUUCUGCGAGAUCAAUUUGUCUGAGUUGUGUUCUUGUGAAUCUUGCAGGGAAUUCCAAGGAGCUUCCUAGAAUGAAUAAAGAAUAGUUCCGUUGAAUGUUGUGUCCAAGAGUCAUUGCGAGCAAUGAUACAGAUGAGACCUCUCGCGUCUAUGGGUGACACUUCGUAGCUGUUAGAAACAUUUGUAUACACUUUUAUACCAAAUUCAGCGAUUAUUUAUUUGCAUUUUGGCAUUGAGAAAUGCCAGCACCAUCCCCGACUCUCUCAAGCUUGCCAGCAGCACCUAUGUGUGAGAAAACGGAAGUCAAUGACACCGACUCUCUGCCCCCUUGGGCCAAAAUCACACUUACGUCUACGGAAGCCGAAAUUGAAAAGCUAAUCUCGAGAAAUGAGUUGAAGGACGCAGAGGUAACUUACUUCUGUCAAGUAGAACCAAUCCUUCAAGAUGGGCCACAGUGCGGUUUAGUGGCGCUUUCAAUGGCGUCGCAAGAAUAUACAAAACCAGUUUCUGUGAAUCAGCUUCUCGCCGAAGCUCGUGUUCGAGGAUUCACGCAGCACGGCGAAGUGUACAGCGUCGAUUUCAUGGGGACGUUAGCUGCGGAAUAUUUGCCCGAUCAUAAACCAGAUAUUUUAGUAGAUUUACAACAGUGCCCGGACACGUUAACGCAUGCUUUAGCACAUGGAGCAAUGGUGCUGAUACCAUACGAUUCUGACUUCAACCACGCUCCGUGUUUAAAAAAGGGCCAUAAAGCGCAUUGGGCAUUGCUUGUGGGUCUAAUCUCUUCUAGACAAGGAUAUCACGUUCUGGCACGUCACGGUAAAUCGCGUCAUCUGGCUUGUUGGCCCUUGCGCGACUUGAUUGAAAGUAAUGGCAACUUGGAGGAAGAGGGUACAACGAGACACGCAGGGGGAUAUGUUAUACCAAAGGGUGGCGUCGGAGGUCAGAAGGGCUUACGCGGCAGAGCACUGGCGUUACAUCCAUACAUAUAGAGAUAUAUCAAAGAAAAUUGUAGGUAAUUGAUUUCACGUCGAGGGGAAACAAAAUUUGCCGAUCCUCUGUAUCCACAUGUGCUAAAUAUUCGAAACAUGAUAUUUGCAUAUACACACGGCUUCCACAAGAAUCAAUUAUGUGCAACGUGCGACGCUUUAAUCAAUAUAUACGUUUGAAUUCGCGCGAGAUGUUUUACAUAAUGUUAGUCAUGAUAUAUCUACCAAAAAGCGUUCGGCAUCGGAUGCAGUUCUAAGUGGCAUUAUUUUCGUUUCACUGGAAUUAUACGGUGUAAAUAGAAUUCCGGCAGGCCGAAAUGUGUGCACGCAAAAUAUAAAUAGGCAAUUGUCUCUUGAUAGAAAAUUACACCCUCUUAGAUUGAAAUGCAAAAGUGUACGCAUGCAUAAUAAGGCAAAUGAGACACAUAAAAAUGUUUAUGUAAGUAAAAAUAUAUAUACAUAUAUAUAUAUAUAUACGUAUAUGCGUGUGCAUGCGUGCGUGUGUGCGUAUGUGUGUAUGUAACAAGUUGUUCGAAAGUGAUAAUUCAGAAGAGAAGAUCCAAGUAUAUUUCUUCAGAUAGAAAUUCAGAUAUGUGUAGGUUUUCAACAAUUGUGGUUUCCAUCUUAUGUUGGUGCAAUAAAUAAAGAGUAUAAAUAUAUUAUAUCAAUUUUGCUAAGCUAUAUCUUAGUUAUAAUAAAUAAUGGCAUGCUGUAUCAGCUUUAAUAUACAAGUUUUAAGACAUUUAGAUAUAUACAGCGUGUUUGGUUUAAGUUAAUUAACAGUUAAUUAACAUAUAUCUUUAAUUUGUAGAGAUAUGAAAAAUUUAUAUAUACAAAUAUAGAUUGAUAGCAAAAUGCAGUAUUACAUUGGUUUUUCGUUAUAUUAAAAGAAAAAUUUGUUACUUGACGAAAUUUUAUUGUUUAUUUUUUAAAAUUACAUGCUGAUGUUUUAAUAUUUAUUUGUUGCUGUAUGAAACUUAAGUACAUUUUUUUAAACACACACGAACGCGCACACACCAAAAAUACACAAAAUAAAAGACUUAAAAAAAAUACUCAAUGACUGGCUGGUCUCUUCAGUCAUACAAAAAUAAUCCAUACAUUUUAUAUAAAAUCUGUCAAUAUGAUACUCGUAAUAAUUAACAAAUUAAAGAGAUGCUAUAAAUUUGUAGACUUGGUAUAGCUUCGAAUUAAUCAAAAGAAGCCUUUAAAGUAAAUUCUACCUAAGUGCCGUGAAAAGACCGAAGUCCAUUUAUAAUAGGAAAUGUACACUGCAUUAAUGUAUGCAUUGUUCAAUUUUCAAGCUUCUCUUAUUAUAUUAUUGCAUCACAAUCAAAAUACACUAUAAAAGGGUUUAUUCACAUGGCGACACAUGGACAUUUUUUCUGCAUUUCAUAUGCAUCCAGACAAUACAAGUGAUUAAAAGUUGUCUAAAAGAUAGAAGAAUGUUUUCUAAGCAACUUUGCGAUAUCUUCUAAAUGUUUGUGUUAUCUGGAUAGUACCGAAGUAAAUACCUUCUUUUGCGAAAAUUAUCAAUGUAAGCGCGAUGUAUGUAAAAGUAUAAGAAAUUAAUGUCUUCCGUUACCAUCGCGAUACAGUCUUCACAUGAAUCUUCCGCAAAAUGGACAAGAAGAAUAUAUAAUACGUAUAUAACCAUAUGCUUUAAAUAUAGCCUAGUCUAUUAAAAAUUACAUUGACUUACGUCUAAAAUUAUUUAAAUCAUUAUAAGAAUAUACGACUUUUGUUGAGCUGAUAAUUUUAAAAAUGAUAUAAUUGUAGUCAUAUGUGAAGAGAAUGCAAUAUUUAUGAUCACGACGUUAGUUAUUGUUAAUGUUUUUGUUAUAUGCUCGUAUUUAUGUUAUUUAUUUUAAUAGUCUUUAAAGAUGGGAAAUAAAAAGUUUAUGUAAUUAAUAUUAAGUAAAAUGACUGUAUCGGAUGUAAUUGGUGCUAUGCUCGAAUAAGGGAGAGCGAUUGCUGCACUUUUUUGGAUCGUGUUCUAUGAAAAACUUCAAUUUCCUUGCUAUGAGAUUAAUGUGCAACGAUUAAACCUAAGGAACUCUGCUUAUACAUCAGUAAUAAUACAUGUAUAUAUCAUGUGACACAAAAUAUACUAAGAAAUGUUAUGUUUCAAUAUUGGAAAUGUUGAUUGUAAACUAAUUGUACAUGUCAGCAAUGUAUUCUUAUUUCGUUGUUAAUAUACCAUGUCAUUUUCUUUAUAUAUA